GAAAAUACUACCUGGGUGAUGCAGGUUUCAUGUUGAAAAGCACAAUUUUGACUCCAUAUAGAGGCGUCAGAUAUCACUUAAAAGAAUAUACACGCAGAGGACCACAGAAUGCACGGGAGUUGUUUAAUCAUCGGCACUCGUCGUUGAGAAACGUAAUUGAAAGAACUUUUGGUGUGUUGAAAAAAAGAUUCCCUAUCAUUGGAAGUGGCACUGAACCACACUAUGGAUUAGAGACGAUGACUAAUAUCAUACUAGCUUGUUGUAUAUUACACAACUUCCUUCGGGGCGUGGAUAACGAUGACUCCUUACUCGAUGAAGUUGAUAACGAGUUGAAUGAAAGGGAAGAACAUGAUGGGACUUCAUCUCAAGUUAGAGAAGAGGACCAUAGGAUUGGUAGUAGUAUUAGGGAUUGUAUAGCUGAUCAAAUGUGA